UAAAUCUGGAGGGACAAAUUAUGUGAAAGUUUUUUGAACCAUAUUUUUUAAUAGUUAGAAAACCCAGAGGGAGACUACAUGAUAAGAAUAAAAAGUUUUGAGGACUUUUAAGCAAUUGGGAGGGUGUUUACUUUUGCGCAAACACUCUGGGUUUAUUAAUAAUUAUUUCCGGGUUUAUCUGCAAAAUCUUAAAAUUUCAUCGGCAGCAAAGUCUAGUAUUUUGAAAUUUUGAAAAUUUUCUUUUUUGGGGGUUUUUUUGGUAAGAAAUGCGUAAAUCCUAAAUACAAAGUCUGGGUUUUGUUUUUGCAAAAUCGCAGAACUUUAUGAUAUUUUUGCAUAAAACCCCAGAAAUUUCGAAAACUUUUAUUUAUUUAACUUUUCGGGUAUUCUUUUGCAUAAAAUCCAUGCCACUUUUGCGAAAAGCACCCUAAUUCGGCGGUGAAGACAAGCAAAAUCCAUUUCUAGCACUAGCGCCACCACCACUUCGCCGGAAUCCAUGGCGUCCGAUCCUCGAGACUUCGAUCUCCUCAUCCUCGGCGCUUCAGGGUUCACCGGAAAGUACGUUGUUCGCGAAGCUCUCAAGUUCCUCUCGACUCCCGCUUCCCCUCUGAGAACCCUCGCCCUCGCCGGCCGAAACCCUAACAAGAUCUCCCAAACCCUAGCAUGGGCUUCCACGCCCAAUCCCCCUCCAAACAUCCCGAUCCUCCACGCCGACGUUUCCGAUUCUGAUUCACUGAUCCCUCUCUUCCGUCGUGCUCGCCUCGUCCUCAGCUGCGUCGGCCCAUUCCGCAUCUAUGGCUCGCCCGUCGUUGCCUCCUGCGUUUCCGCCGGCACUGACUACCUUGAUAUCAGUGGGGAGCCUGAGUUCAUGGAGCGCAUGGAGGUGGAAUUCCAUGAAUUGGCGGCGAAGAAUGGGUCUCUGGUUGUUUCAGCUUGCGGGUUUGAUUCGGUGCCGGCGGAACUGGGGGUUGUUUUCAAUUCGAGGCAGUGGGUGGCGCCAUCGGCGCCGAACUGUGUGGAGGCGUACUUGAGCUUGGAGUCGGAGAAGAAGAUUGUGGGGAAUGUGGGGACUUACGAAUCUGCUGUGCUUGGCGUUGCUAAUGCUGAUAAGCUGCAGGAGCUCCGGCGUUCGAGGCCGAGGAGAGCAAGGCCUUUGAUUCCAGGACCUCCGCCUCCUAGAGGACCGACGUUAGAGCAUCAGAAGACCUUUGGCCUCUGGGCUGUCAGGCUACCUUCUGCAGAUUCCAUUGUUGUUCGAAGAACGCUGGCAGCUCUUACAGAGAACCCAGACGGUCUUCCGGGAGUCAACGAAAGUGAAGAGGACAUAGAGAGGAGAACUCGUCUUUGGUCGACAGUGAAGCCUGUUCAUUUUGGUGUGAAGAUCGGAACAAAAUCUCUGCUGGGUCUCUUGCUGGUAAUGGUAACUGGUUUAUUCAUUGGCCUCUUUGGAAAGAUGUCAUUCGGAAGAAAACUUCUCCUAAAAUUCCCGGAAUUCUUCUCCCUCGGGUGGUUCCGGAAGGCAGGGCCAACAGAGGAAGAGGUGAAUAGUGCUACAUUCAAGAUGUGGUUCCUUGGCCAUGGCUACAGUGAUGUUAGUCUUGCUUCACAGGGUGCUAAGCCAGAUACUGAAAUUAUCACCAGGGUAUCAGGACCUGAGAUUGGAUACUUAACCACACCGAUCAUCUUAAUCCAAUGUGCGCUGAUUGUAUUGGGCCAGCGAGGGAAGUUGCCGAAAGGAGGUGUCUUUCCGCCUGGAAUCGUCUUUGUCCCGACCGAUCUUCAAGAACGACUGCAAGAAAAUGGUAUUUCUUUCGAUUUCAUCUCAAAGAGAGCUUUGUCUGAUUGAUUGCUUGUGAUUUUUCGCUGCAUAAUAACUCAUAUUCACUUACAAACUUGUGAGCUUGUGAUACUUCUUUCUCCAGACCAUGUUAUGUUUUUUUUGGUGAAGCCUGUAAAUGCUAUGCAAAAUCAGUGAGAUAAAUGACUUUUUCA